AAGUUUGUUCAAGAACAUAUGAUUCAGCAUAUUAAAGUCGCGACGGGGUCACCAAAAUCAAACGGUCAGAUCGAAAGAAUCAAUCGAGACUUAACACCAAUGUUGUCAAAAUUGGCUAUUUUAACAAACAAAUCCACUGGUAAUUCUCCAUCCGUUUUAUUGUUCGGUAUUAGUCAAAACGAUCCUAGCGAUCCUUUAAGAAAUUUAUUGGGCGCUGAAGCUGACAAAGAAGAUGACUUAGCCGAGGUUCGAGAAAAGGCUCAGUCUCAGAAUGAAAAGUUACAAGCAUACAAUAAGCGCAUGUAUGACCAAAAACACAGACCUCCUAAACCGUACAAUGUCGGUGAUUAUGUGAUGAUAAAAAACAUAGAUGUUACACCAGGUAUUAAUAAAAAACUUUUACCUAGGUAUCGUGGUCCCUACGAAAUCAAGAAGUCAUUAGGCAAUGAUCGUUAUUGGAUUACAGACGUUGAAGGUUUCCAAGUAACGCAAAUCCCAUUUGAGGGAGUAUGUUGUCCUGAGAAUAUGAAGCUUUGGCUUCAAUAAGUUAC